UUGUUGACAACUUUGUGUAAAUACUAAACACUCUCAGAUCAGUGUGAUAUGCAUUGUAGAAGGUGAAUUUGUUCUUCUCUGUUUUGGAAAUGAAUUUCACCGUCGAUUUGCAGAGUGAGAAGAACAACCAUGAGCACAGGACCACUGAAAUCAGCACUGAGCAGCUGAUAAUCAGGCGGGGACAGCCUUUCCAUCUCACACUGCAAUCUUACAGUGAUGAAUUUAUUGACAAUGGCACAGUGGUAAUCUGUGCUGAGACAGGGCCAAAACCUUCAACAGCAUUUGGAACCAAAAUCCUGCUUGAAUUAAAUUCGUAUGGUGUAAACUUUUGGAAAGCAGUUGUUGUUUCUAGCACCGGAACCAGAAUGACCUUGCAGAUACAUCCAUCUCCAAAUGCCAAGAUUGGACAAUAUAAAUUAUCUCUUCAAAGAAUGAUGGGAAACAAGUUUGAGAAUUACUUAAUUGGGGAGUUCAUCCUCCUCUUCAAUCCAUGGUGCAAAGAGGAUGCAGUCUUUUUGGAUGAUGAACAACAACGUCAGGAAUAUGUGAUGAAUGAAGAGGGAAUCAUCUACACUGGUUCUAGCCAUUGUAUUCAAUCACGAGCAUGGUACUUUGGACAGUUUGCAGACAAUGUCCUAGAUGUCUGUCUUAAAUUGAUGGACAAUAAUAACAAAUGCCUGUCAUGCCCAGAAAAAGACUAUGUACGCAGAAAUGACCCUACUUAUAUCAGUAGAAUGGUGACAGCAAUGGUAAAUUGUUGUGAUGACAAAGGCAUACUUGAAGGCAGAUGGAGUGCACCAUAUUGUGGAGGGACAUGCCCGUGGAAUUGGAAUGGAAGUGUUGCCAUCCUUACAGAAUGGAACGAUCGUGGUUGUCGGAAAGUUCAGUAUGGGCAGUGCUGGGUGUUUGCAGCAGUUGCUUGCACAGUUUUGAGAUGCUUAGGAAUUCCAACUCGUGUUGUCACAAACUUUAAUUCUGCUCAUGACAGCAAUGGGAAUUUAACAAUCGAUAAAGUGUGUGAUGAAUAUGGGAGAGACCUUGGAGGCCCAGGUGAUAGCAUCUGGAACUUCCAUGUCUGGAUAGAGAGUUGGAUGGCACGAAAUGAUCUGGUGGCAGGUUAUGAUGGUUGGCAGGUAUUGGACCCAACCCCACAGGAGAAAAGUGAAGGAAUUUAUUGCUGUGGACCAGCUCCUGUCAAAGCAGUCAAAGAAGGAUUCGUGGAUUUGAAGUUUGACGUUCCCUUUGUCUUUGCUGAGGUCAAUGCAGAUCAAGUAACUUGGAUCCAAUGUAGAGAUGGCAGAAAAGAAAAGAUGCAUGUUGAAACACAACAUGUGGGUCAGAAUAUCAGCACUAAGAAGUGUGGCAGACCCGAUCGUGAAGAUAUUACAGACAAUUACAAAUACCGUGAAGGGUCUUUUGAAGAAAGAGCCAUUGUUUCUGAAGCUGACCUCAGAAAUAGACAUACUCCUCUGCACCCAAGAAAAUUAUUGGUCAAUGUGAAGGCUGAGGAAUCAAUAACUAACGGAUCUGACAUUAAUGUCUGCAUAACCAUCUCCAACAACAGUUCAACUACAAUGUACUGCAAUCUUAACUUCAAUGCUCAAAUAAUGAAUUAUAAUGGAAGGUCACUGCACCAAAUUGCAGGGAAGCAUUUUGACAAAAUUGCUGUUCAAGGCAAUCGAGAUGAGAAGGUGGUUCUACAAAUACCUUGCUCAGACUAUGCUGAUUAUAUUGAAAAUCACCAUUUGAUCAGGCUGACUGCUUUGGCAAAUGACUCAGUCACACACACAAAUGCUUUGGGAACGAAAGAUCUUUCUGUGAUCAAUCCUGAUAUCGAUAUUCAGCUCCUGGGUACUCCUGUUUUGAACAGACCGAUGAAAGCAGAAAUAAUUUUGACGAACCCUCUGAGAAUUCCAUUGCACCAAUGUGUUUUCACUGUGGAAGGAUUAGGUCUAAUUCAUGGCAUGUAUCAGACAAAAGUUCAUGAGAUAGGGCCACAACAAACACUCAAACUACAACUUGAAUUCACUCCAACGAAAACUGGCCCACGGAAGUUAAUGGUCGAUUUUGACUCUGCUAAGUUGAAAGACAUGAAAGGAUUCAAAAACUUGACUGUCCAAAGAUUUUAAAUGUGAUUUACUUCCUAACUACUCUGUUGCAUAUUUUGUGCUGUUUCACGAUACAACUUCAUUUUUUUUAGUAUUCUGUGCAAUCAGAAAUGCUUUGCCAUCUAAAUUAGUCAACCUGUCGGAACAAUAUAUAUCUCCAGGUUCAUUCAUGGCUGUGCAUUUUUAAAAUGGUUAAUCUAUGAAAUAUUUUGGCAAAUUUAGUCGCCAUCAUAGCCACUUUCAAAGCAAAAACUAAAAUAUUCAAGAUGGCCCAUACUGGAGAAGAAUCUGCUGCACUUGAUGGCAAUCAAUAAUUUGAGAACUUAUCUUUCAUCAAACUGUUCAGAGACACUAUUAUACACUAUUGAAGCAGGUGGGACAUCAAGCCAGGUCACCAGGUUCAGGGACACUACCACUGCAAAAACGCCCCUCAGACUUUUUUUUGGUAUUUUCUAAUCGACCUAUUCAGAGGUAUUCUUACAUACUGCUAAGGCAGGUGGGGUUUGAACCCAGAUCUCCUGGCGCAGAUGUAGGGACAAUACCACUGUACCACAAGACCCCUCAGUGAUUUCAGAAUGGUUGGGCCACCAUCUCAAACAGGCAUUAGUCUUCUUAAAUCUGCUGAUCAGUGGUCCAACAUCUUAUUUAGGACCUGAUGACAAAAUUGAGUUAAAAAGAUGGCAGUUUUUCUGAGUUUUAUCGCUGCUUAGUCAGCGAUUCUUGAAAGGAACUGUUAAAGACCAGCAAAAAGGAAAGUACAUGUUUUUUUUGUCAUUGAACUCAUCUUACUAUGGAGUGAGAGGAAAACAAAUUCUCCUCCUUCCUCCAGUUAAGUUAUGCUUGUUUGCCAUUGUUCCCUUUUCCGGUCUUAAACCAUGGAUGCCUGAGCUAGUCAAUUUCAAACAGGGUCAUUGUGAGUACUAUUAGGACACUCAAAACUUGCCAAUAUUAGAUGAACACCAGUGCCUAACUUCUGGCAAGCCUCUGGCCUUCAUUUUCAAACCACGCUGUCAAUAUUGUGUCCCGGUUUUAAAUGUGGGAACAAUUUCUUAGUAGCACAUUUUAAAAACAUACUUACGACAGAACAUUUUACAGAAAGGUCUCCACUCAUUCACAAUCUAAAUUCUUGUUUCUCUGACAUGGUAUGGGUAAAGAGGUAACUAAUAUGAUUAUAUGAAGGGGCAUAAAAUGUGAUCAGGAAGCAUUGUUUAUGCAAAUAUUUAGAAAUUUUAUCUUGAUAUUUAGAAGCCUUUUUCUUACUAGCAAAAUGGAUGAGAUUACACUGAAACCUGGUGCAAUAUGCACCAAUAGAAGAACAAAGUGUCGAGGGAGAUCGCAAUGCUUGCCACAAACCAUGAGGUUCCACGACAUGCCGUUUGUAUCAUGGCCUCUGGUUUGAUCAAAAACUGAUUCAUUUUCUUGUAAUCAUGUCUCCAAAUGUAUCUUUUAACUUGAACUCAAUGAAUUCAUAUGUUUCUGAUAUGAUUAUUGUGUACUGCUGUUUUCAGGUACUGGGUACAUGCCAUUGAUUUGAUUAUAUUGGUGAAGAAAAUAAAAUAAACUUGCAUGAA